GGGUAUAGACCGCAUGGAAGCACGUGCUGACGGUAAUUACCUCAGUCUAAUAGAGUCGUGCUAUAUUCCGAUUAUAAGCAUGGAUCACCCAAUGCACUCAAGAAGCGAUACCAUACUUCGCUCAUUCAUUGAAUGUAGUCUGAAGAUCAUGAAAGGAGAAAGUUCCCUUGUAAUUCAUGAAGCCGGCGAAUGUACAAUCGAUGUUCGCCAAGAACCUUCCUCCAAAAAUUGUGAUGUCCAAGUUCGAUGUGGAAGUGAGUUUUCACCUCAUUUUCGGGUAUGUGCUGAUACGAAUCAUAGUCAAGUUGGUCGACUUAGGUAUCUGAUCGAUCUACCAGAGCACUGUUGUAGUAUUAUUAUCACUUUUUCACGAAAUGAAGAGGUUAAAGAAUUCAGAACACUUUUAUCACAAUCGAAGGCCAGAUCUGAGUCAGAAUCUACAUUUAAUGAAAGAACAGAUGAAGCCUCUGCUAUGCAAUAUUUCCAGUUCUAUGGAUAUCUGUCUCAACAGCAAAAUAUGAUGCAGGAUUACACAAGGACUUCAACAUACCAGAAAGCAAUGCUACAGAAUCAUGUAGAUUUUGAAGACAAGGUGGUUAUAGACGUAGGUGCUGGCUCAGGGAUACUUUCAUUCUUUGCUGUGCAAGCUGGUGCCAGGAAAGUGUAUGCUAUUGAAGCAAGCUCCAUGGCGAUGCAUGCAGAGCUUCUAGUGAAGAAGAAUAACCUUGAAGAUAAGAUUAUUGUUGUUCCUGGAAAGGUGGAAGAGGUUCACAUUCCAGAAAAAGUUGAUGCUAUAAUUUCAGAGCCAAUGGGUUACAUGCUGUUCAAUGAAAGAAUGUUGGAAAGCUAUUUACAUGCAAAGAAAUGGCUUAAACCUGGUGGUAAAAUGUUCCCCAGUGUAGGACAGCUUCAUGUGGCUCCCUUUUCUGAUGAUGCACUUUAUAUUGAACAUUUCUCAAAGGCUAAUUUCUGGUACCAAAAGUCCUUCUAUGGAGUUGAUCUUUCAAGCUUAAGGGAAGCAGCACUAAAAGAAUACUUCAAACAACCAGUUGUGGACACAUUUGAUGAACGCAUUCUUAUGGCCAAACCAGUAACAUAUUCUGUGGAUUUUUUGACGUCAGAAGAAGAUGACCUCCACAGGAUGGAGAUUCCCAUAAAGUUUACACUCCUGAGCAGUGGGUCACUUCAUGGAUUAGCAUUCUGGUUUGACGUUUGCUUCAAAGGAAGUCAGGUACCUGUGUGGCUAUCAACAGCCCCUCAUGAACCUCUAACACAUUGGUACCAGGUUCGCUGUUUACUGGAGACUCCAAUCUUUGUUAAAGCUGGACAGUCUGUAUCAGGAACUGUGUUAUUAGUCUCUAAUGCAAGGCAAAGCUAUGAUGUAGACUUUGAAAUACGUUUAGAUGGGACAACCAUCCGAACAAGAAACACAGUUGACUUAAAAAAUCCCUACUUCAGAUACACGGGUUCAACACCCCAGCCUCCAGCGGGUUACAACAAUGAGUCACCUACUGAAGUAUACUGGUCUCUAGCUAGCAACGGCGAUAGUAGUCAUACUGCUAACGCUGUGAAUAGUAAUGCAGUUGGUGGUGGUGGCGGUAGUGGGUGUAGCCCUAGUGUUAUGAUGGGAGAAUCAAUGACUAACACUACAGGAAUGCAUUCCAAUUCUUUGUACAAUAAUACAGGUGGAUACGUUGGUGGUCAGUACUGGGGAGGCAAUGCAUAUGGUAAUGUCACAAGCCUACAAGCAAUGCAGAAUUACUCUGGUUCCUUUGGUGCAAUUAAUAAUGUGAAUACCAGUUACAUCGCCAGUAGUCAACCAGCCAUGCUGUAUAGUCAGACAUCUGGUAGAAAUGCAGUCAUGACAGGACAAAAUCAACGACAUUAAAGCCUGGUUCUACACAAGUCCAUUAUUGCAUGUUGAUCAGUAUGGUUACUAUAAUUAAAGCAAAAGCAUUCAAAUCAACUGACGCUGUGUGGUUGACAACAAAGUUAUCAUUUAUUCUGUCGUGUUGAACUGGAUGACACGUGCAACUUAGUUACAACUGUGUAUAAUAAUGAACUGGAUUCCCAUAAAGUUAGUUCAGAUUUUUUCCCUUCUGUCACAAGAAAUAAUAGGAUUGUUUUUGAUUUCUAGGUUCUUUACAUUGCAAUAUGUUAACUUGUUUGUUAAUGCAUAUCAUUUAUUAUGACUUCAAAAUGUGAAUGUAUUAUCAACAUCACUAAAAUAGGUGCUUAGUAAACAACAGGGUGUGGCACAUUUUAAAGCUAAGAUUGAGACUCGUACCAAGUCACUUCUCUUACUCGUGCUGUUGUUGUGCUGUGGUUGAUGGGAAGGAUUUAGUGAGUUCCCAGUCAAUCAACUGCUUUGCAAAAGCCUUUGCGUGCAUUAAUCGCCUUCCCAUAUUCCAUUGCGAAUAGAAAAAAUACACCCAAGCGAUGCCUGGGUAGGUGUCUGAGCUGGCUACCAUUGAUUUGUUCCACUUAUUCCAUCCCUGAUAAGACAUGUUUCUAGCAUUUAAGAGGAAUUUCAAGUCUGGUUUUUAGACUUCUUUGUGCGAAUAAAAUAUUUAUUAAUUAUAAUAAUACGUAAUUAUUCCCCCCUAAACAAUUCAUGGUUUUGUUUCCACCUAAUAGAACUAUCCUGAAUUCGCUUGACUGACCACGAAACAAUGGUUUGAAGUUGAGACUGGACUUGAUUCUUUUAUUCAUCAAGUUCGACCUCGACUUGAAACCAUUGUUUCAUGACCAGUCAAGUGAAUUCGGGAUAGGUCUAUUACUGUUGCUAUGUCUCACAAGCUCAUUAAAUUGGGUAGAAUUUUUCAGAAUUGAGAACUCUGUGGAAGAAUAUAAAUUGCUUCAAUUGUUUACUGUCCAGUGAAAAUAAAAGACAAAUGCUUUCUUAA